GCGGUACAUGCCCGCCUCCAGCCGCCUUGCAGGCAGGAUGCAGACGCUGGGAAGAGCGAUGAGGAUGGAGGCCCGGGAGGCAGCGCCGCCGGCGGGGGCGGGCGGCUGGAGCAAGUGGGUGAGGCUCAACGUGGGGGGCACGGUGUUCCUGACCACCCGGCAAACGCUGUGCCGCGAGCAGAAGUCCUUCCUCAGCCGCCUGUGCCAGGGGGAAGAGCUGCAGUCUGACCGGGAUGAGACCGGGGCCUACCUCAUUGACCGUGACCCCACCUACUUCGGGCCCAUCCUCAACUUCCUCCGGCAUGGCAAGCUGGUGCUGGACAAGGACAUGGCUGAGGAGGGGGUCCUGGAGGAAGCGGAGUUCUACAACAUCGGCCCGCUGAUCCGGAUCAUCAAAGACCGGAUGGAGGAGAAGGAUUAUACCGUCACACAGGUCCCACCCAAGCACGUGUACCGCGUGCUGCAGUGCCAGGAGGAGGAGCUCACGCAGAUGGUCUCCACCAUGUCCGACGGCUGGCGCUUCGAGCAGCUGGUGAGCAUCGGCUCCUCCUACAACUAUGGCAGCGAGGACCAGGCAGAGUUCCUGUGCGUGGUGUCCAAGGAGCUCUACAGCUCCCCACACGGACUGAGCUCCGAGUCCAGCCGCAAAACCAAGCUGUUACAAGCCAGAGGCACCCGGAUGUGAGGCCCCAGAUCGCCUCCAGGGACUUGGGGUUCCGUUCUGAAAUCCUUUAUUUUUGUACCGCGGGGUGGGCCCCCAGCCUGAGGCGGAGGAAGAGCUCUCCCCGCUGUCACCUCUGUCUACACCUGCGGGGCUGUGAUUUACCCCUGCCUCCGGGGGCCGGGUGGGGGCCCACUGGGACCUCGCAAGGCCUGAUGCGGGCCCUGGGACCCCUGGGCAGAGCCGCCUGCCGGUGGUCAAAGUGUGGCACUGUCCAGCUGUGUCUUCCAGGCCCCUACGUCCCCUCCCUCAGGUCCCCCAGCUGCAUGGCAGAUGCGCUCCCCCCACAGCCCAGUCACAUCACCUCCUUUAGUCUCCCUGUCUGUCACAUGGGUUCACUUCCUGCCCUACCUACCUCAGGUUUGCUGUGAUUUUACCGAGAGGAGCAAAGGUCCCCGAAAGCCCUCAGGGAGGGCACAAGGCGCAGACUCGGACCUGCCUGACCCAGGAUGGAGAUUGAGGGACUGGUGGGCGAUGAAGGGCGUGGCGUUAGCGCUGUUGAAGGAGGGGAUGGGUGACUCGGCCUUCACCUUGCCUGCUCCCCGUGCCCCUGCUGUCUGUACUGCUGGUCGCACAGUGCCCUGGCCAGGAGGAAGGGAGGCAUUGGUUCAGCAGGGGCAGCGGGGCCACUCAGGAGCUGGUGACAAGGGAAAGGGGGACACUCCUCCCUCUGCCCAAGGGAGAGUCUGGGGUGGCAGGGGCUGAGCAAGGGGCCCCUCCUGCGUUUAUGGCCUCCCCAGCUGGAUACUUGCUUCCCAGCGGUGUCCAACACCACCGUGUAAUAAAACCUGAAGAAGCAGCCA